ACUACAGUCAGCAGUAUGGCAGUGGCAAAAGUCGUGGCUUUCCUGAAGCAUUUCUGGGACAAGGAACCUCUUCUCGCAUUCGCCUGUACAGUAGGAGCCGUAGCCUGGACCUUUCCUUUCAUCAGUCCUUACACAAAAUAUACAGGCAUGAUUAAUGCAGCAACGCCGUACACCUACCCAGUUCCUGUGCGGGAUGAUGGAAACAUGCCCGAUGUUCCUGCCCAUCCAUGUGAACCUAAAGGAAGGAGCUUAGAGUGGCUUAAAAAUUUUUAAUAUGAUCGUAUCAACAGUUCAUUACUGUCUCUUCUCUUGUUCACACCUGUCUGCUGAGUUUCUCCCCGAUUCCCAUGUCUCACAAUAAAAGUAUAAUUUAAUUCUG